CUCCUCCACCUCUCUGGUGUUUCCCGAGGGACUCUAUAUAUACUCCAGACCACUCUACUCCUUCCUAUUGUUCCUCUAAGGAAACUUGCAGACAGAUGCCCCGCGGCAGCACAGUGUGUGUGGGAGAGUGCAGAGAGACAGCCACGACAGAGACGAGACUCAAGACAAUAGCUGGUGCUGCUGGACAGAGACUUUUACUACUACUACUAGCCCAUUUCUUCUUCUGUGUUUUUUUGUUCGUUUUUUUUGUUGUUGUGAUAUUUCUUUCUCCACCGCUGAGUGGUGAUCAGACAGCAUGUUGCUGGUGUCACUGCUGCUGAUGGCGAUGGACUGCUGCCUUGGCGCUCCAGCCGGGAGAGAGGUGUACAGGAUGCCUCAGAGUGCUCUCAAAGCUCUAUCGGACCGGGGUACUGUGGUUCUGGAGGCAGCGUUGACCAGUGCUCUGUCGGCUCUGGAGCUGGCAACGUCGGAGCGGAGUCAGGCCGAGGCAGUCUGUAGAGACUGUGUACCCUGUCUCUUUCAGGACUGCGGACAGCGCUCCGGACCCUGCUCCUCUCUGGACGGCACAUUGGCUGAGCCCAGCUGUGAUGUCAUUACCAAGGCUCAGAAAGUCCCGGAGGAGGGCGAGCGGAGCUGGGCGCUGAGCCAGGCAUGUGGGUACUACCGGCGGCGGUGCCCGCCGGGCGAAACGGAGAAGGAGGCUUGUGUGAGGAUCAUGGGCGAGAGCUGCAGUGCCCGCGUGCUCCAGUGUAGCCUCCUGAACACCAUGCAGAACCUGGAGCCUGCCACACAGACACGCACACAGGCAGUGUGUGGCCAGAGGCUGUCGGCGGUGCAGAACGUGACCCAGCCCCGCUCCCGUAUUGUGGGGGGUUCCCCGGCCCCCCCUGGCAGCUGGCCCUGGCUGGUCAACCUGCAGCUGGACGGAGGGCUGAUGUGUGGAGGGGUGCUGGUGGACAGCUCCUGGGUGGUGACCGCCGCCCACUGCUUCGCUGGCAGUCGCAGUGAUAGCUCCUGGACGGCUGUGGUGGGAGAGUUUGAUAUCACCAAGACCGACCCUGACGAGCAGGUGCUCAAGGUCAACCGCAUCAUCUCCCAUCCCAAGUUCAACCCCAAGACGUUUAACAACGACAUAGCGCUGGUGGAGCUGACGUCUCCGGCGGUCCUGUCGGACCGCGUGACCCCUGUGUGUCUGCCAUCAGGUCUGGAACCGCCUACUGGCAGCCCCUGUCUGGUGGCCGGCUGGGGCUCCCUCUACGAAGAUGGUCCUUCAGCUGACGUGGUGAUGGAGGCUAAGGUUCCUCUGCUGCCUCAGAGCACCUGUAAGAGCUCCCUGGGCAAGGAGCUGGUCACCAACACCAUGCUGUGUGCCGGAUACCUCUCUGGGGGCAUCGACUCCUGCCAGGGGGAUUCUGGAGGCCCUCUGAUCUACCAGGACCGUAUGUCAGGUCGCUUCCAGCUGCACGGCAUCACGUCCUGGGGAGACGGCUGUGGGGAAAAGGGCAAACCUGGGGUCUACACACGGGUCAGCGCCUUCUCCGAUUGGAUACUCGCUGAGAUACAAAAGUCCUUUGGGAGUCGGGAGCCGACGUGUCCUGAGCUGCUGAAGACAUCGGAGCUGUCGGAGGAGCAGCAGAGGUCGGAGUUCGUCUCUCUGUGUCGCUUCUACGCCCAGACCUGCCCCCCCAGCCAGGGGGCCGCCGCCUGCAACCGCCUCGUCGAGGAGAAAUGUCGCAGCCGCUUCAAGAAGUGCCAGUUGCGUUCGUUCCUGCAGACCCUGCUGGACUUGCUCCAGAGAGCAGAGGACUAUAUCAGAGACAAGGUAGACCUGACCUUCUUCACCCAGACCCUGCCUCAACUGGUGGAACACAUCUAUAGUACAGCCUUCACCGCCAAGGAGAGGGAGAGGAGGGAGAUCCCACAGGAAACAGAACAGGUAUGGGGUGCUGUCCGGUCAGGGUCAGAGGAAACUGGUCCUGAGUUGUUCCAGAAGGUAGGCCCCCUGGUGGCUGACUGGGAGAACUACCUCAGGGGCAUCGCUGUGGAGUUGGACACACAGACACACGGACAGACAGACGGCUCCAAACCCCUGAGCCAAGAAGAGAGUCUUUUCCUCCAGGCAGAGGACCCCUCUCUGCAUCAGCUAGAGGGGAAGUACCAGACCAUCAUCUCAGCCUUACACUCCAAACUGGACUCCAGACCUGCUCCUCCAAUCCUGCACCUGAAUACAGCCCUCCUCCAGGAAAACUCUCCCAACAUUCAUGCUGUUCCCACUGAAGAGUCGCCCUCCUCAUUCCCCCUUCAGGGGUCAGAGUCGCUCACAGCCCUCAUCAGUGAAAUCCGGAAAUUUGGGACACAGAAUGAAAUGGCGACAGAAGAUGCAGAAAUGAGUGUAACAUCUUUUGAAGCGGACACAUUUUCUGAUCCAACACCAGUCAGUUCAAUAGAGACUACAGAUUGGCUUAACAGAGCUGUGACCGAGCAGACAUCCUUACAGCGCCUGUUCCCGUCUCUGUCCACCAUCGGCAGCACCAUGUCUCCCGUAGCAACGACCUUUGACUCCAGACAGACUCUACUUCCUGGUUCUCCCUCCCAGCUGUCCCUCGACCACCGGAGACGCAGGAGUCUCCGCAAGAGGCAGAUCCCUGGGGUUAAAGCUUGUCCAGGAGUAGCAGAGUCCACCCAGCAAGUGAGUGGUAUCAGAGACACAUACAAGUGGAUCCUGGGCAUACCCACCAAGAACCUCCACAUGAACUUCCAGGAGUUGCUGGUGGACCUGAGCUCUAAGAACGAUCGGGGUCUGUACGAGGCUCGGGUCAGGGCGGUGGUGGGGGGUCGACCUCUGACCUUCUACAGCCUGGUGGGUCUGGAGAAUGAGUCCUUCUACCGUAGCAUGCCGCGCAUCAUUGCGCUGGCUCUGGAUGCUCUCAAAACGUAAACGACAUCAACUUCAACAAAAACGAACACGCGUCAAAGACUCGGUGGCUCAGCGAAGGUCGAGUCAGCUGGUGGUGGCAGAGACCAGAGAGGGGGAACGAACCCAGUGGGACCUUGAAACUGGCGACUGCUCAUUCAGAUGGGAGGCGAAAGGACAGGCACUGGGCAUUCUAGGAGACCUAAACAUUAGGAAUGUAACAACUCACCAAUACACAUCAGGUCCGGUUCAAAUGUUGUAAGAUGCGAGUGCGUCAAGUUUAUUGGUGGGCGGGAGCUCAAACUGAUCCAAAUGACGUAUGCGUCGGUCAGAAAACCCAUUUUUUAAAUGUUCCAAAUUGACAGUUAACUGUUUUUGACUUUAUAUAGUGUUAUUCCGGGGGGGAAACACUGAUUAAUGCGUCCUCCUUCAGUUCAGUAGCCUAUCAAACUUUUUUUAUGACAUAACUGCGUAUGAGUGUGAGAUAGCAACUGUGCGUACAGUGCUGGAGACGGCUGCUCCCGCCAACGCGAGGUUGAUCUAGUUGUUCUAAUGGGCUAUUCGUACAUCUGCAUUCAGAUGCUUGUAAUGGCUUUCACAAUGUCAAAUCAUAGGCUUUAUUAGUUGAGUGACAACAAACGUAAUUUGGGUCAUUUCGGGUCACUGUUACCAAAUGAGCUGUAGAAAGUAGUUUUUUUUUUUUUACUCGAGUUGUGUCGCCUACCGGAAUGGAUGCAACUCACAUCCAACUGCUGAUUUUGGGUUUUCAAUCAUUCAGAUUUCAUUUAAUAGUUCAGGUUCACUAUAAGAAAUAGUUUUGGUAGUUUUGCUUCAAACAGUCGGUGUAUUUGGUCAUUUCAACAUGAACAGGGUAUGUUCAUUAAGGACGGAAAUACGUUUUGCCAGCUGCGCAUGGUUGCGUUCAUUCAUUGGUCGGAAUGGAGAAGCUCUCCAUAAAACUCCAAAUGGUCUAAACCAUUCCCUUUUGAGACGGGGUAAAAUACAAACCUGCAUUAUGUAAAUUGGCUAAAUGCCAUGCUAAUUUCUAAAGAUAAAUGUUGACAUGGUACUAGCUCGAAACAUGUUUAAUCUGCAAAAAAUGACAAGUUAAUCAGUGGGCGAUGGUGAUGUCAGAGAAAAAGUGGUGGGAGAAAAAGCAUACAUUUCCCCACUCCUAAUCUGAUAGUGGGGUGGUAGAUGCUCAGUCUGCUCAGGUGCCUACACACACACACACACUGAGGGCCACUCAGCUUAGAGAAGUCAUCUCAGAGAGGCCCAGCUUCCCAUCAGCAGCAGUUAUUAAUUAAAAAUGGAAAAUGAAUGUGUUCAAUGCAACAGCGAAAAAAGUGCAUUGAACCGAAUUGCAUCAAUUCGUUUCCCUAAUCAAACCAAACGUAUCGUUCCUGUAUUGUACUGGGGCCAAUGUGUCCAAAUGCGUAUCAAAUCGUCCGCGCAAAUGGGCGCAAGUGUACGCGUGUACACACGCAGUGUGUGACUCUGCUGGCAAGCGCUGAAGAACAGAGACAGGAGAGUGACAUUACAAUAUGACAUCAUGUCAACCCACCUGAGAGCCUGACCUCUAUAUGUACACACAGCCCUGAAUGUAUUGGACCAUCCUGCCUAGCAACCAUUCAUGGAGAUUAGUUGUUUUUUUACAUGGCUGGCUUAUCGCAGUGAGACAGCCAUAGAAGUAGAUAGAGAACUCAUUUUUGUAUCUGUGCCAUUAAAAUGGUGGAAGCCCUCAAUGGCGAUGGCCAUGCUAAAACGGGUUAUAUCCAUGUGUCUAUCUCUAUGGACGCAACCCUUUCUAGUUUUUGAGCCUGUAUAAAUAAGUUAUUCAAAAUGUUUGUUUUUCUGCAAAAGGUUGAGCCUCUUGUGAAGCAAGCCGACUGUAGGUCCCUUCAUACUGUACAUUGGUAUAUUAUUUUUCGUUGCUAUAUUUAUUUGUAUAGAGAACUGCUUUGUAUUUUUCUAAUAAAAUAUCAAGAAAAUUG